AUGGAAGCGGACGGGUUCGUGUCCCGGCGAACGUCCGUGGAAACACCGGGCGUCGACAGCCGGAUCACAAGCGCUGCGGCCGGGGCAGAGUUUCGAUGGCUCGGCGACAGGCUCCUGGGCGCAACGGGGGGAUUUGUCGGGUCUCUUUCACCGAGAAUGGCUGGAGAACAAGACUUUGCCCCGGUGUUACAUCGAGCGACUCCUGAGACCUCGACCUCUGUCGAACCAGAAAUAGACUAUGAAGGGCUGCCUCAGGGAGUAGCCACCAGCACGCACAUGCUGGCCGGAUCCGUGGCUGGAAUCAUGGAGCACUGCCUUAUGUACCCCAUCGAUUGUGUCAAGACCCGCAUGCAGAGCCUUCACCCUGAGCCGGGAGCCCGCUACAGGAACGUAAUGGACGCCCUGCGGCAGAUUGUGCGGACUGAGGGUGUGUGGCGGCCAAUCAGAGGUGUGAAUGUGCUGGCGGUGGGGGCGGGGCCUGCCCACGCUCUCUACUUUGCCUGCUAUGAGAAGAUCAAGUUCUCGCUCAGUGAUGCCAUUCACCCUGGAGCCAAUAGCCACUUUGCUAAUGGAGUGGCGGGCUGCAUGGCCACAGUGCUGCACGAUGCCAUCAUGAACCCAGCUGAAGUUGUGAAACAGCGAAUGCAGAUGUUUAACUCUCCUUAUCGUGGCGUGCUUGACUGUAUGGGGUCUUUGUUGAGGCACGAGGGCCCAGCCGCUUUCUAUCGCAGCUACACCACCCAGCUGACUAUGAACGUGCCCUUCCAGGCGUUCCACUUCAUGACCUAUGAGUACCUCCAGGAGCUCCUCAACCCCCACAGACAGUACAACCCUUCCUCUCAUGUUGUGUCCGGCGCGCUGGCUGGAGCCUUGGCCGCCUCUGUUACCACUCCCCUCGACGUCUGCAAGACCCUCCUCAACACCCAGGAGGCUCAGGCCAUACAUGUGAUCCAGGCCGAGGCAGCGACGGCGGCCGGAGCGGUGGGAGCAGCUACUGCUUCAGCCCCUGUCAGUCGCCACAUCUCUGGUCUGGGCGAGGCUUUUCGGACUGUGUACAGGACGGGAGGCAUGCCGGCCUUUUUCAAAGGGGUCCAAGCCCGGGUCAUUUACCAGAUGCCCUCUACAGCCAUCAGCUGGUCCGUCUAUGAGUUCUUCAAAUACAUAAUCACCAAGCGCCAGCAUGAGAGAAGGCUGCGUGGAGAUCGUGAUGGAGACAAAUAAACACAUGGCAUUGCGAUUGGGUAUCGGCAACACAAAGGUGUAUUGCACCGAUAGCUGAUAUCGGUAUUGAUUUCUAAACACCUGAAGGUUUGAAAAGCUCCAGAAUUUUACAUUCUUUGAGCAAAAAGAAUACUUUUAUUUUGUUUAUUGAGAUAGGCUCAGUCUGAUCUAGUUCAUAGCAGGUGGAGAUGUGUACAACUGUUAGGAGACAGCUUGUCUUGAAUACUUCAUUAUUACAUGUGGGGUUGACAAAAUGUCCAUCAGUACCCAUCAGUAAGAGAAGGGCCUUGAAAUUUAGACAGGAAGUCCUGGUGUCCUAAACUCGCCUCACUAAGUAGUAAAUGCUCUAACUAUUUUUCACUUUAGUGAAAACUCCCUGUAUUUGCUUUCAAAGAGUAAAUUAUUUAAGGAAGUAAAAGUAAAGUUGAUUUUGGCAACUUGAACAAAGAAAAGUUCACUUCCCGUCAGCCACCUACAGUGCAGUUUGUUUGUGUUUAGACUGUUUUGUUUUGGCCUUGAACUUAAGUACUUUGGAUGAAAUAACUGACUCUGAGGUUAAAGUGCUGACUUUGAGUUUUAAUUUAAGUGUUUACAUUCACUUCCAAUGAACUGUGUAGAAAUGGUAGCAUUCUUUAUACAUACCCCCAAAUGGAUAAAUGGGAACGCACUCAAAUACCCUUAAAGCUGAAAGUCCACACUGUAACCUCAUAGUUACAACCCACCGUGUUUAAGCACAGAGCCAAAACAAAAAUGUAUCCUUAUCCAAGCACUUAAAAACUGCACUGUAAACUGGGUUAAUACCCCUCUGAACUGUUGCACUUCUGGAAGGUAUUACUACCAUAUCACUUCUGACCACAGGGGGGUGCACAGCUCAACUGCUAUACCAAGCAAUGGGAAACAACUGGUGGUUACAAUAAUCAGCAAUAUCAGAUUAGUUUGAGUGGAGUGUUACUGUACACCAGCACAGGUAUUCAGAAGAAGGAACAAAACAUUUAAGUUACGAGAGUUUGUUUUAAAUUUUAAAAAAAUGUUCACGGUAACGCAUACCCUGUAAUUUAUAUAUUUUCAAAUUAGUUUUGGAUAGAAAACACUCAAGUAUUCAAUACUUGAGUGGAGCAGGUGUGUGUGUGUGUUACAGUGACUGGAUGAAUGGAAAUUCAUAGAGCUCAGUGGUGACUGAGCAGAUUUGAUCUCAACACAGCCUAACUUAGUUAUCCACUUUGUGUCCUUCCUUCAAAGGUAAAACACAGUAAUGUGAAGUUGGGCCAAAAUAAUGUACCGUUUUCCCCCUCCCGGUUAGCAUCAGACCACAGUAAGAUUUUCUUUGAAGGACAAUAUGAAAGAAUUUAUUUCAUUAACAAUGUCAGUACUUCAAUAUCUUCGAGUGCUGUCAAAUCGACGCACACCUGAAGGCUGCAGAUAAUCUAAAACAACAUAUCCAUCAUAUGGAAGAUGCCACAUACUGUGUCUGAAACAUUUAAUGCAGAAAAAAACUUUUUAAAAAUCCAAGUCCUUAACAAAAUGUAGACGCGCACACAAACUGGAACUUUUCAGUGUUUAUAAACUAAGGAUUUUUCUCCAUAUUUAAGAGUUUUGGAACAAAAUAUUUUAUUACAGACAGAACAAAACAGGCUAAAGUAUGCACCGUAGACUGUCACUUCUUUGUUAUAGUGUUGUUAUUUUAAACCGCACAGCAUCCUAGCACUUAGUAGCAACUUUUUUUUGUCAUUGUUAGGAUAAAAGAAGUAAGGUUGACAUUAAAAGAAGUGCAGAGUAACUACUUCUACACAUGCCUUCAAUUAGCCGCCAUACAUCCGACGCACAACUACUACAAAGCGAUCCUCAGAUAGAGAUGUAAUAUUGUGUAUUGAAGCCAUAAAAUAGGAUGAAAUUGUACAUAGUAAAUAUAUAUAGAUAGACCCAAACUCUCUAACCAGCUAAGUUUUGAUGCUAACCUGUAUGUUGAAUUAUACAAAUAUGAAACUGAACAAGUUUUAUCAAGAACGCGCUGUAAAAAUUCAGGUUUUUGUAGAAAGCGCCCGAAAUCCUCACCUGGAAGGUAGCAACAAAGGAAAACCUGGAUUUUAAAAUUCAGACAAGACGGUAUGUGUGAGGAAAUAAUUCACUGGGCAAAGAGUAUUUAAAGAAAAUAUUGUACGAGUUUAACUCAUGUGAAGCCAACUUUCAAGGUUGGGAAACCAAAGACUGAGAGCAAAGAAGAGAGAAACUGGUGGUUUGUCAGAUCACGACACUAAUGUGAAAUGCCUGAACAUUGAGAGCGACACCUGUAUUUUGUGAAUUGUAAAUAAACUCGCUAAGGCAGCUCCUCGCAGAAGCAGGGUCUUCUCUUGGUGCUGGCUCUCCAAGCGCUGACAGAACUUAA